CAUCUCAUAUAUUAUAUUCUUAACACUCAAUACUCAAAGUUUCAAACCCUCAUAAUUAAACACUCUUAUGAACAAAUGGAUUCUAACGAUAUCAUCGCGCCUUUCGUCCUCAAGACUUACCACAUGGUCAACGACCCUUCUCUCGACGGUUACAUCCGUUGGGGACCCGCUAACAACACCUUCAUCGUGGUCGAUCCUCUCGACUUCUCCCAUCGUCUCUUACCCGCCAACUUCAAACACAAUAACUUCUCUAGCUUUGUUCGUCAACUAAAUACUUAUGGAUUCAAAAAAGUGGAUCCGGACCGAUGGGAGUUCGCGAACGAGUGGUUUUUAAAAGGACAAACACAUUUAUUGAAGAAUAUAGGAAGAAAAAAGCAGCAGAUUAAUAGUAAUAGUAACAGUAUUAGUAUCAGUAAUAAUAAUACUCGGAAUAAUUAUAUUCCAGGAGAAGAAGAAGAUGAGAUGGCGAUAGAAAUUGCAAAGUUAAAAGAAGACCAAAAAAUUCUAGAACAAGAGUUAGUUGGAAUGAAUAAGCGUCUCGAGGCGACAGAGCGACGGCCAGAACAAAUGAUGGCGUUAUUGCAUAAAGUAGCAGAUGAUCCUCAGAUCUUGCCACGUAUGAUGCUUCAAAAAGAUCAAGGGUCUCAACGGCUGGUGGUUAAAAAGCGCCAACGGAUAUUAAUAACCCCUGAACCGUCGGCUUCGAGCCAAAAGUUAAAAGAGAAAGAGGAGGGGUUUUAUAAUAAUUAUGACCAUUUUUUUUGGCAGUCUACAGAUACACCCUCCAUGUCGCGGCAGCGAACAACCGCGGCUACCAGCGGAGGAGAUGUAAAUAAUAUUUGUUUUGAAGGGUUUUCGCCGGAGCCGGAGGUUAGACGGCCGCCGGAAUAUCCGUUUUCACUAUUUAAUGGCGGUUUUUAGCUGGUAUCUACAGUUUAUGUUGAUACUGGUAUUAAAUGCUAGAUUGUUGUAAUGUUUUUUUAUUAUUAUUCCAAAUACUAUUUUUAUUCUUAUUUUCUUUAAGUUA